CUUGAGACUGAAGAUGGCUGCUCUGUACCAACAAUACAUGAUACAGUAGAACGUCACCGCAAGAGCCUAGAAGAUGUAGCUAAUUCCAGAGUUACUUGUUGGCGGAACAAACUUUUUGAAACUAUUAGAGGACGAGCUAAUCUGCAGCACAGAGCUGGAAUCGGUUUGUCACUCUUUAGCGAAGACGAUUGGUGUCAGAUUCACAAUGAGUUAUCCAACAUGGUGGCUGAAAAAAUAGACAAAUUUUAUAAACGGGAACAGUAUGUCUCCUUAGUCCUUAUCCCAGAGUUCGCCAUUCACCAUGCCAUGUCUAUGAAGGGCUUGAGUCACUCUGAGGCAGAACAGUAUUUAUUAUCACAGGAGUUUUAUGACGAAUUCCCUUUGCCAGGAGAUGAUGAAGAUCUGGCUGUUCUGAUGGACACGGCUGAUUCAAAAGCUGCAGCGUACUCUACAGAUGCUGAUAAAGAUGAACCUUCAAAUACACUGCAUACAACUGAUCAGAUUACAGAGAUCACGUUAG